GAAGCUUCUCUUUAGAAGUGGAGACUCUCCAAACUGACAGGACUACACAACAGGCCAAGGAGAGACAACACACAGUUCUAGGAUUACUUCUUGAGGAAUAUUCUAAUCGAAAACUCACACAGCAUUUGGCAUCAUUUUCUUCUGUUUUACAGUUUUCUCCAGAGUUUGUACAACACAGGACUAUUUUGUAAUCAUAACAAUUCCUUUCACAAUAGUCCCACAGGCGUUGUGAGUCUGGCAAGCGAGUCUACUUUCACACAAGCUUCAACGUGUCGUUUUUGGACUAUUUGGGCUGUGGACUGUCCAAUUCACCGUCUUGAGUCACUCUGACUGCCUGGACCAUUUUACGUUUUUAGAAAUAGUUUUUGAAGACUAUUCUAACCUAGGACUACCCUACUUCUCAUUGCCAUGGCGAACAGCUGUCUCCAGCUCAGCGGUUUUGUGAUGAGUUGUAUCGGGUGGGUCGGGAUCCUUAUCGCCACAGCCACCAACGACUGGGUAGUGACGUGUAAAUACGGCAUGAACACCUGCAAGAAGAUGGACGAGUUAGGAGCCAAGGGCCUGUGGGCUGAAUGUGUCAUAUCAACCGCCCUCUAUCACUGUAUAUCACUGACACAGAUAUUGGACCUACCGGCAUACAUCCAGACGUCGAGGGCAUUGAUGAUAACUGGAUCCCUCCUGGGGCUGCCUGCAGUGGGGAUGGUCCUAACAGCCAUGCCCUGCAUCUCUCUGGGGGACGAGCCUCAGUCAGCCAAGAACAAACGAUCUCUACUUGGGGGAGUUCUCAUACUGCUAGUGGCUCUGUGUGGGGGGGUGUCCACAGUAUGGUUUCCUAUCGGAGCCCACCAGGACCAGGGACUCAUGUCGUUUGGGUUCAGCCUGUACGCUGGCUGGGUGGGCACGGCCUUCUGUCUCCUGGGAGGGGCCAUGAUCACCUGCUGUUCUACUGAACCGUCCCAAACCUACAAUCACCAUGACAACAACAGGUUCUACUACUCCAAAGGACAGGGGCCUGGCAACCCUGUUCCACCCUCCACUAACCACUCCAAGAGUGCCCAUGUUUAGACACACAUGAAGUACAUGCAUGCACACACACAUACACAUGCACACACACACACAGACACACAACAGUGUUGAGUAACUCAGAGUGGCAUCUAACCUGGUGCCUGAAGAGAAACCAAGGGGUCCUGACAGGACAACCCUGCUCUGAUGAAGGACUUAUUUUCAUUUCUUUGUUCUACAAUGAAGGCUAGGUUUAGGGUUCUUUAUUUUACAAUGAAGGCUAGUGUUAGGAUUAGGGUUCUUUAUUUUACAAUGAAGGCUAGGGUUAGGGUUCUUUAUUUUACAAUGAAGGCUAGGGUUAGGAUUAGGGUUCUUUAUUUUACAAUGAAGGCUAUGAUUAGGGUUCUUUAUUUUACAAUGAAGGCUAGGGUUAGGGUUCUUUAUUUUACAAUGAAGGCUAGGGUUAGGGUUCUUUAUUUUACAAUGAACGCUAGGGUUAGGGUUCUCUAUUUUACAAUGAAAGCUAGGGUU